GCGGGCGUGACGUCACAACCACAACAUGGCGGCGGCGAGGGACAAUGACAUCUCGCUGUGGCUGCAUAAUAAGCUCGGCACCUCCUCCGACACGUGGUCCGAGGGCUCCAUUUGCGCGCAGCUGAACGUUGAUGUACUGAGGAAUAUUAAGGAGUGCUUCGUGGAGCUGCAGACCCAAGUGAAGCUCAAAUUACUGCUGUCUUUCUUCCACAUCCCCAAGCGCAAUGUCGAGGAGUGGCGAGCGGAGUUGGAGGAGAUUCUGGAGGUGGCGGUGGUGGACAGCGAGCCGUGGGUGGCCAUGCUGGCGGAAAUCAUGCGUACCUGUCCGUCAACCGGCCACCUGAACCUGGAGAUAAGGGAGCCGCCCGAGAACCAGCGCAUCACCCAUGACCUCAUCACAGAGCUGCGCAAGCUGGUCAAAAAACACAGCGAGCUCGGUCUCCUGCCCAUGGAGUGCAACUAUCUCAACCGCAACGCCUUCAUGGCCGCCGCGGGGAGCCAGGCCCCCCUCACCAAGCACUUUGCCCUCAAGCGGAAACCCAAGGCAGCCGCCCUCCGCGCCGAGCUGCUCAAUCGCUCCGCCGAUGCCCAGGCCAACGUGAAGAAGAGCCAGCUGCCCACCGUGCCCGUCCGCUCCAGGGGCAUACCACGGAAGAUGAAUGACACCACUCCUCUCAAGGGCAUCCCCAGUCGCCUGCCGGGGUCGGGGCUGCGGGGGUCUGGCCUGGGGUCCACGCCGCUCACUCGCCCUCUUGCACGCUCAUCCAUGACGCGGAAGGACGGUGGAAUCAAGCUGGUGGAGAUUACGGAGUCGCCGAUCACAGCCCAGAUGAGCAAGAAGCGGAGGAAGGCGCAGGAGGCCUCGGACGCCAAGGCCAGCGAGGCGGAGGACAAGAGGCGCGAACAACAACAACAACAACAAGCAGCGGCAGCCCAACAACAGCAACAACAACAACAACAGACGGUGGUGGUGGUGGAGGGGGCGGCGGUGGCGGCUGCGGGGGGCGGGGGCAAGCAGGGGGGGCAGGCGGCGCAGCAGGUCACGGUGUCAGCUGCCGCAGCCGCCACGCCGGACUAUGCCGCGGGCCUGACCCCCUCCAACCCCCCCACCCCAGGCCCCCCCGCCACCCCCACCACCCCCCUGCUGGCCGCCACGCCCCCAGGGUCUGUCACCACCACUACGAUACAUGCCAAUGCAGUCGUGGGCACCAUAACCUCACGCUCCGCCCUGCAGUCGACAUCAGCGGCGGCCGGCGGGGGGCGAGCGAGCACCCCCACCGCCGCCGCCACCACCACUCAGCGGAUCAUCGUCACCCCAAGCAGCAGUCAGGCUACCGGGUCGCCCACGCUGGUCUACCGGACGGUCACCCCGGUCUUCACGGCGGCCGAGGUUGUCCCCGCCCCGGCCGCCAUAGCCGCCACCUCGGUUGCGGAGGCGCCGCCCACCCCCUCAGGCCAGCCACAGUAUGCCACAUUGCAGCCACUCCAGCCUGAGUUGGUAUACACGACCCCUGCCCUGCCUGCUGCCUCCACCAUCACCCAGGGCACAACGCAGCAGGCGGCGGAGCAGACUCAGCAGAUCAGCCAGCAGGUCAUCACCGUCACCCCAGCGCAGGCGGAAGCUCAGCAGCCUCAGCAGCAACAGCAACAGCAGGCGGCUCCCCUCGCGCAGACUGGCAACGCUGUGUCCUCGCAACAACAACAACAACAGCAGCAGAAGCGCGGCCUGUCCCUCACACGCGAGCAGAUGUUGGAAGCGCAGGAGAUGUUCAGGACGAGCAACAAGGUCACGCGCCCCGAAAAGGCUCUCAUUCUGGGCUUCAUGGCUGGCUCCAGAGAGAACCCAUGUCCGCACCUUGGGAACAUCGUAACCAUCAAGCUAAGCGAAGGGGAGGAAACCGUGACCCAACCCGACGGCCCCGUUCUCACCAUGCUUGCGGAGACCCACUUCCAGAUGAACUACAACACUGGGGAGUGGAAGCGCAUCAAGAAAUACCGUCCCCUACCCACGGAGUGAUCGCCCCGCCCCGGCCUGCCCCGUCUCACCCUCGCCCUGGUCACGCCUUGGGGUAUGGUUAGGGUCGGGGUGUGGGGGUGGUUUCGUGCUGUGUGUGUGUGUGUGUGUGUAGGUGUUUGGUUGUCUGUCGAUGAGUGGUUGGCUGAAUGGGUCUAUUGAUGGGUGUAUGGUUGCCUGGUUGACUGUCUGUAUUGAUGGCUGUUUGGUUGUCUGUUGAUGGUUGGCUGUUUAAAGAGCUAGAUUUCCUCAUGACUAAGUGACUGGCUGACUGACUGACUGGCAAACUGAAUGAGUGACUGACUGACUGACUGAUUGAGUGAAUGCAUUAUUAGGUGACUGACUGACUGGCUAUCUGUCGAGCUGUAUGAAUGGCUGACUGACUGACUGAUUGAGUGAAUGCCUGAUCGACUGACUGAUUGGGUGACUGACUGACUGAGUGAAUGUAUAACUAGCUGACUGACUGACUGACUGACCUCUAAAUAG